ACUAAACCACUCUUGCUUCUUAGCCAAAUCACUAAAAUGUCCAGUUAGAACAAGAAUUUAGCAUUCUGCAAAAGAAGUUAACAGCUGAGAAGAAACAUUCUGAAAUGGAUCUUAAAUAUUUCAUCUUAAUUUUGUUUUGUGGACACCUGAACAAUACAUUUUUCUCAGAGACAGAAGCAAUUAUAACAGAGAAGCAACCACAGUCUACUUUAUUUGGAUCAUCAACGCCAUAUAUCUCGGCUAAUUCUCAAAACACAACAGGGAAUCCUUUAGGUCAACCAACACAAUUCAAUAACGUUUCUUCUGGACAAACAAUACCAACUGCCAAAGUCACUGCUGGACAACCGACACCAGCUGCCUAUGCCUCUUCUGGAAAACCAGCAGCACACACUUCUGCUGGCCAACCAAUUGCCUACAACAUAACCAGACAACCAACACCAACGGUCAACACCUCCUCUCAACAAACAGCACUACCUGUGCUCACAUCUGACAGACAACUACCACCAUCUGCCCAUACUUCUACCAGACAACCGCCAACAUCUGUCUAUACUUCCACUCAACAACCAUCAUCUGUCCAGACUGCUUCUAGACAACCAGUACCACUGACUGUUCAUCAUCUAUCCACACAACCAAGAACAAAUGUCAAAAGUUCACCUAGGCCUACACCAGGAUUCAUCCUAGAAACUACCAGUAAGAAAAAAAUCCCACAGGAAACCAAUUCUAAUUCAACAGCUGCCAUAUUAAUUGGUGUAAUUCUGAUUUCUAUGUUGGUAUCUAUAAUCAUGAUUGUACUAUGGACAUUCUUGAGAAAACCCGUUAUAAAAGACCAAAAUUGGGCAGGCAGGUCUCCAUUUGCUGAUGGUGAAACCCCGGACAUAUGUAUGGAUAACAUUAGAGAAAAUGAAGUAUCCACAAAACGUACAUCAAUUGUUUCACUUUCGGCCUGGAAACCAAGCAAAAGCACACUUUUAGCAGAUGACUUAGAAAUUAAGUUGUUUGAAUCAAGUGAAAACAUUGAUGAUUCUAACCACCUCAAAACAGAGAAAAUAAAAGAUCAAGUAAAUGGUACAUCAGAGGAGAGUGCUGAUGGAUCAACAAUUGGCACUGCUGUUUCUUCUUCAGAUGAUGCAGAUCUGCCUCCACCACCUCCUCCCUUUCUUGAUUUGGAAGGACAGGAAAGUAACCAAUGUGACAAACCCACAAUGACAACUGUAUCUCCUCUUCCAAAUGAUUCCACCAAUCUCCCACCAUCUCCAAACUGUCUCAGUCAAGUCUGUGAAGAUCAUAAUUCUGAGUUCCAACAGUCAUUUCCACCUCCCCCUGACUCACUUAACUUGCCUCUGGCAUUGGGAGAUUUUAUGAAAAACCAGGAAGAUUCCAACAAUGAGAUCCAAUGUCAAGAGUUCUCUAUUCCUCCAGACUCUGAUCAAGAUCUCAAUGAAUCCCUGCCACCCCCACCUGAAGAACUGUUAUAA